CAGAGAUGGCGGUGGACGGGCGGGCGCAGCAAGUUCUGGAUCUUCUUCUCAAAUUCUCCGUUGACAAGCUUGAUUCAGCAUGGAUAAAGAAUGUAAUAGACGCGGAUUUCACAGAGGUGGAGGAUUUGCCACCGGAGUUCGAGGAUCUCCACUGCAGCACCAAUUUCAGUGGGUUGUUCGGCGCUGUGAUCGGGUCCUGUAGGCAGUGGAUUGACACAAUGCCAGCUCUCAACGACGACAGCGACAGGAGAACUUCGACGUCCAACCUCAACAAGUCUACAGAGGAGGAGAGAGGUGAGGUCGAAACACACACAAGAUUCUGGAUUGAUUUGUCCGAAAAUGUGAAUUUGAAAGGGCUGAUGUCACUGCUCUUUUUUUACAUCUUCCGAGGUCAGAGGUAUGAUGCCAAGGAGGAAGAUCGUGAGCUGGGCAUCCAGGCGGCCAGCCUCUAUUUCCUCCUCCUCUCUGUGCCAGGAAGCAAUGCCUUCCGUGUGUUCCACCCCGUCAUGUACCUCAAAGCUCUAGAUAUCCUGCGCCUGACAACUAAAUUGCGUGUGGGAGCUGUGAGCCCAAAAAAAGGGCGUCAAGGUGGUGUUAGAGGUAGUCAGAGGAAGUCGCAUGAGGAACUAAUGGCAGACAUGGAGGAUGACGAUGAAGCUGAAAUAACAAUGCUUACUCCAAGUGAGGCAAACAAACUCAUUCGAUCUUUGAAUAUUCUUCUUAAUGAUUUCUUGAGGCUCUCCCAACGGUUCUCAUUGAAACAUUCACCAGAGUCAAUGGAUGAGACCAUUAGUAUUCUUGUUGAUGUGUCACGGUCAGAAACCCACAAUGCCCAAGGAAUCUUUGUUGGCAGACAUGGCCCAGCAACUGUCACAGCACUAGCGUACAAUGCAUAUGUGGCACUGCAAUCUAUAUGCAACCCCAUUCAUGGUAAGGUAAACAAAAUUGUUAUUAUGAUUAUGAAGCACAUAAUGUACAAUAUUCUUAUGAUCAGUCGAGGGUCUUCAGACUUGUCAGCUCGAUCUUUAGGGGUUAUACGAGACCAUUCCCUCAUCUUUGUCAAGUACAUAUUGACGCAGGUGAAGGAGGAAGCACAUGAAGGUGUAUAUAUCCUUAUCCAGCACUUAUGCAUUCAGGUCCCAGACAAGGCAGAAUUUAGGCAAAAAACUGCACAGUCUGUUGUGGAAAUAUUGCGCUAUCUUCCCAUCCAGUUGUACACAAAACUGAUGAAAUGGUUCUUCAAGUUCUCCCAUAAUGAAAAGGCAGGCCACAGGCUUUUCCUACUGGAGGUUAUCUCAAAGAUGCUAGGUGAAGAAGAACGCCAAGCUGAGGGCUCAGAUAAUCGCCCAGUGCAGAACAGCACUCAAGAGGUACAACCUCCUCUCAGAACAAUAAGAGAGGGUCAAGAGGAAGAGGAAGAGUCUGAAGAUGACAACAGCAGUAGCAGUUUUGACAAUGUUAGAGUAGAUCAUUCGGUAAAUGUCCCACCGGAUCGAAAUAUUCUCUCCCAUAAAUUUUUACUGAGUAUUAUAUUUUCAAGGUGUCGUGAUAGUGGAGCUACUGUCCGUUCAAAAGCGUUGGCCUUGCUGGCAGAAUGCACAUUUUCUACCAAUCCAACCAUUAUGCUUGCUAUGAAGCAAAUAUUUUUCCGUUCUCGGCCAACAGUCUUUACAACUCCACACAUUGAAAAUAACAACAUCAAUAUGGAAUCUCCACUCGAGCUAGAAGAUGAGGAUCUUGAUUUACCAAAUGCUUCCUUAGUUGUUUCUAUGCUGCAUCGUCGGGCACUGGAUGACAAGGUUACUGUACGGAAGUCAGCUUUACAGGUUUUAGAAAACUUAAUGAGAAUUGACAAUGAGAUGCUUACGGAUAAAAAUAUUGAGGUCUUAGUAGAGCACUGUCGGGACCCAGCGCUGAUCAUCCGUAAGCAGAUGGUCACUUCUUUGACAACACUUGUAUUGUGUUACCCAGAACACAGUGGUGUGAUGUCAAGGUGGAUAAAAGGGGUCUUGCCCCUUAUUCUUGACCCAGAGAUGAAAGUUCAAGAGAGAGUAGUAGAGGUUCUUGAUCAACUGUUAUUCAAGCCCAUGUUACCUCAUGACCAUCCUAAGGGUAAUCUGCCCGAAAGCAAGCUACCCUGGCAUGUACUGAGUGGCAUCACAAAACAUUCCUUCCACAAGUUUUUCAAUAAAGCUAUCAUGAUGUGGUCCAAAACAGAAUAUGUAAGACCCCAAAUUGCCAGCAUUGCUCGCACUCACAUUGGGAAUAAAUACAAUGAAGAAGUCUGGACACUGUUGGCUUUGCUUUCCAAUCAUAUUACUGUGAAAAAUAUUGCCUUUGCUGUGGACUAUUUUGAAGAGCAUUGUCAAGGAGAAUCACAGGUGGGUGCCUAUACCCUACAACAAGUAUUGAAAGUACUGAGCAACAGCAUCAAGCAUGUACCAAAUGACCGUGCUGAGGCCUUGCAGAAGCAGCUUUUGGAGCCUGUCAACAAUUUCUUGGUUGGAGUUGAACUCAUAUCUUCCAUGAUGGAUACAGUUACUCUGCUUAGUUAUAAGCUCCAUGGUGAUGAGGCAGAGGGACAAAAAGACAUAGAGAAAUGGGUGGCUCCACUUCUUAAGAUGUGUGACGACCACUUGAAACACAUCCUGUUUGAAAAGACAGACCCCAUAGACAAAGAGGGAGAGGAGCUGCUUUUCAGACACCUGUUUACCUUGGGAGAGGCUUCAAUGCUUUGUCCUCACAAGGUCAACAAAAGGAUGUUCUUGAUGCUGCAGAGUAUCAUAUUUCACCAAUCAGGAGUACAGAGAACUGGGUCAGCAAUUAUCCCCUCGUCCCAGACACAGAGUUCUCAGCCUACGGCCAUCACUUUUAUACCAACUACUAGAGUGCAGGCUCUGGCUGUGGUGACCCUGGGCAAAAUGUGCUUGCAACACGAAGAUCAAGCCAAACGCAUCAUCCCAGCUCUUGGGAAGAUGCUAGAUUCCAGUACAUGCUCAUCUCUCAAGAUCAAUAUUGUCUUCACACUAUCAGAUAUGUGUGUCAGGUAUGCAACACUGGUGGAUCCCUUGAUGCCACAAGUUACUGCUUGUCUCCGAGACCCAGAUUUGCAAGUUAGAAGGACAACUCUGACUUUACUGAUCAAUCUGCUGCAAGAGGAUUAUCUUAAACUCAAAGGUUCUUUCUUUUAUAGGAUCUUACAGUGCCUUACAGAUGACCAAGAAGACAUACGGAGCACAGUCAUUUUCUACAUUACAGAGAGGUUGCUGAAACGUUUUCCAAAGAUCCUUUGUCAACACUUUAUUGAAUGUAUUUUCCAUUACAACUGUUAUGAGGAGCAUGAGAGUUACAACAAGUUUACUCAGAGUACUUCAGAGAAGGAGCUCUUCUCUCUAGCAGAGGAGCACCACCGAGAGGACCGCCACAUGAUUUAUCGGUUUAUGCUGGAUCACAUGCCUGAUGAUCAGAGAUUUACAAUUACCCAAAGACUCUGUCAAGAUGUGCUAGGGGGCAUUGUGGAUGGCCGGAUCAAGCUGACGCCUUCAAGCCUCCCGAUGCUACAGGACACGCUGACAGUACUGAGCAGCGAUGAGAUCAAGCUGGCAUCCCUUAAGUCCAGGCCUGAGGAUGCCGACCAGCCAACUGACCAAGCUGAACAGGCAGCUAUGGCAGGAAUGGCCAUCAAGAAGACCAUAAUUUCACAGGUGGGUUGGAGAGAUGAACAUGAUGUUUUUAAAUUUUUUAUCUAUUUAUUUUUCAUCUAGUUUGUUUAUUUAUUU